UCGAUUCAUUCAUUAUCUGUUCUGUGUGUCGAGAAGAUUAGCUUUGAUUUUCAAUUUUCUAUUCUCAUUGAAAUCAUUGAUAUUCAGUAUUAGAAGUAUUCAAAUAAUCCGGUUCGAAAAUCUCGCUUUGAUUUUGUGUAACAAAUAGAACAUCUCCAGGUGAUCACCAUGGGCAAGUAUUUCUUGCUGAUUGGUAUCUGCUUGAUUUUGGUCGGGACCAUACUCGGGGAUGAAGGAGAUGACAUCGUGAACAAGGAUAUUGAGGAGGAAAAGGAUUCUGCUGAUGUAAGUGAUAUAUCCUAUGAAAGCCCGUAUGCAGAUCCGGCUCGGUUUUACUUCGCUGAACACUUCGACGACAAGGAUCGCUUUGAGUCUCGUUGGAUCAAAUCGCAGGCCAAAAAAGAUGAUAUUGCCGAUGAAAUCGCUAAAUAUGACGGCGAAUGGGAGGUGGAGCUUCCACAGCGUCAGUUGCUUCCUAAUGAUCUCGGAUUAGUGCUUAAGUCUAAAGCCAAACAUGCUGCUAUAGCGUCCAGACUGAAUCGACCUUUUGUGUUCUCUGAUAAGCCCUUGGUGGUGCAGUACGAAGUGAAUUUACAAAAUGGACAGGAGUGUGGAGGAUCAUAUAUCAAAUUACUUUCAUCCGGCAAAGACACCACGGAUUUGAAACAGUUCCACGACAAAACACCGUACACCAUUAUGUUUGGGCCUGACAAAUGCAGUACCGCAAUUCAGAUGCAUUUUAUUUUCCGCCACGUGAAUCCCAUAAACGGCACCAUCACUGAGAAACACUGCCGCAAUGCUAAAUAUCGUCUUGAUGAUCCAUUUAAAGACAAGCAACCUCAUUUGUACCAAUUAGUCAUACGCCCUGACAAUACAUACCUGAUACGAUUUGAUCAUAAAAUAAUCAAUGAGGGAUCACUGUUUACCGAAUUCAACCCGCCUGUUAACCCUCCUAAAGAAAUCGAUGAUCCCAACGAUGUAAAACCAGAAAACUGGGACGAACGCGAAAAAAUUCCUGACCCGGAUGCAAAGAAACCAGACGAUUGGAAUGAGGAUGAGCCACCACAAAUUCCUGAUCCGAAUGCAUCCAAACCUGAAGGUUGGCUAGACGAUAUCGAAGAAAUGAUACCAGAUCCUAAUGCGGAGAAGCCGGCCGAUUGGGACGAAGGAAUGGAUGGAGAUUGGGAAGCGCCAUUGAUUACGAAUCCUGUUUGCGAAAAAGCCGUUGGUUGUGGUCUUUGGAAAGCACCGAUGAUUUCUAAUCCCAAUUACAAAGGAAAGUGGCGAGCACCAUUGAUUGACAAUCCCAACUAUCAGGGAAAAUGGGCUCCAAGAAAGAUACCAAAUCCAGACUUUUUUGAAGACAACAAUCCUUUCAAAAUGACCACAAUUGGUGCCGUCGGAAUUGAACUUUGGUCGAUGUCGAGUGAUAUUCUGUUCGACAACAUCAUAAUUACAGAUGAUGAAGACAUUGCCAGGGAAUGGGCUACCCAAACUUAUGAUCUCAAACGCAAACUUAUCGAUCGAGAGGCUAAUACUUUAUGGGAUCGUGCUAUGAAGUAUAUGGGAUAUAAACCCGGAUACUGGUUUGCUUAUUUCGUGUAUUGUUCGAUACCAGUCAUAGCGUAUGUUUGGUAUCUCUAUUCACGACGGGAUAGCAAAGAGAAUUCUCCAGAAGCCCGAACCAAGAAGUCGGACGAACAUGUCCCUGAUAGUGAAGAAAAGGAAGAAGUGUCACAUAAAAAGUCGAAUCUCAAUUCCCCUGUAACUGAAAGUAAGGCACAAAUGGAAAACUUGGAAGCUACAGAUGAUGCCGAAAACGAUAAUUACGAAGAUGAAGAAGAGGAAGAUGAGGACGAAGAAGUAGAUGAAGACGACACAAUCAUCGAAGGGAAAGAGGCUGACGAAGAAAUUCAACCUGAACCUGUCGAACCGGAAACCGGGGUUAAAAAGAGAAAGCCACGGCGGGAGUAGAAAACUAAAUUUCUAUAUUACCUUGUUCAUUUCUAUUUCUAUCCACUACUAGAUCAAACCUUAAGCAGCUAUUAUUUCCAAGUAUACUUCCGUUAGUGUUGGAUUCAGUCAGCGAUCUUCAUUAGAUAUCCAACAGCCUGAAUAAGUUAUAUCAUUUAUUAAAAUAAGACUACCGUCAGAAGACGUGACUUUAGGGUAGGGUGUGGUAUACAGAAAGAGAAAAUUGCAUUGAAAUGUACUUGAAUCUAUGUUUACACAACACAAUCGACUAAACAUGUGUGUAUAGUUUCAAUAUCACUCAAUAAAGAACUGAAUUCCAAACAUGA